GGAGUGGGCGGGAGCUUCCGAGGAGGGUUCAACAUGGCGGCAAGACGGCGGGCGCCCGUCACCGACUGAUGGUUGUCCCCGCCGCCUCCAGCGGCUAGACUAUCCGGCUAUCUGGCGCGGCCCGGCCCGGCCCGUGUGUGAGCAGCAGCAGCGAUGGACACCGGGCGUUAGUGUGAACAAAACCCUGUCAACAUGACAACAGCAUCCACAUCUAAACCAUAUACAUCAUCUGAUAAUCCAUGCAGUAUAUCAGCAGAGAAGGUUGGCCAGAUAAGGCCAAAGGUGCCUCUGCUGACCAUUCUACAUGAAGCAGGUGCGUCCGGGGAAACCUUCACAUUGAAGGAGGUGAUGUAUUAUCUCGGUCAGUAUAUCAUGUUAAAGCAACUCUACGAUCAACAACAGCAACACAUUGUGUAUUGUGGAAACGAUGCACUUGGAAAAGUAUUUGGAGUCCAAAGUUUCUCUGUCAAAGAUCCAAGCCAGUUGUAUGACAUGCUUUCGAGGAACCUGAUAGCUGCCAACUUCCAAGAUGCUGCACAGACCUGCACACUUGUAAAGGAUACGAAAUGCCUGCCUAUGAGGGAAGACCAGCCGAAGUGCUCUGCAUCAGGAGAACGCGAAGAAGAACCAACUGCCUGGAACAAACCCACUUCCGCUACCUCACACUUAAAAAGGAAGAGCUCCGAAUCAGAUGAGUCUCUAACAGAUGAAAACCUUGAAGCUAAGAGGCUCAAAGCGGAUAAUGUUUCUGAUCUCUGGGACACUGCCGGACUGCCGUGGUGGUUCAUUAAAACCUUGCGCACCAAUUAUGGAAGCAUGAAAAGCGGAUCAACAGAUAUUCAUAGCAACCAGGAUAUAGACACCGCCAUUGUCUCCGACUCCACCGAUGACCUGUGGUUUCUCAAUGAACCAGCUGCUGACCCGGCCAACGUGGACGCCAAGUUGGACAAUACUGAGUUGAAAGGGAAAGAUGAUUAUGAGGGUGAGGUGGAGGAAGGCAAAGACACCGAUCACAAGGAGGUUAUUGGAGUUACAGUAUUUGAGGGGGUGAAGGACCCGCUAGGCUCGGGAGACGAUACUGACACUGAGGUAUCCGAAGAGGCCGACGACUCCCAAGAUUCAAAGGUCUCUUGGAAAUGCACCAAAUGUGGUCGGUGUAACCCCUCUCAGAAGCAGUACUGCCUCCAGUGCUGGGCUCUCCGUAAAGGCUGGCACCUCAAUUGCCCCAAGUUUGUACCUUGCGCUUCUGAGCCCUCCAUUGUUGGUUUUGUGGAAAUCGAGGAAGGCGAAGGGAUCGACGUUCCCGACUGCCGGCGCUCCAUCUCGGAGCCGCUGCCUCAGACCGAGGAAGCCAGACGCAAGGACAAGGGGAAGCACCCCCAGUGUCGCUCCUCCGCCUUCCCCGCGGGACGUCGCCUGCAAGCCUCCACCUCGAGCAUCAGCUUAGGCGGGAGUAAAGAGGAGCUGGGAUCUUCGGGUGAAGAAAUGAGGCUGAAAUCGGAGGGGUCCUUGCAGCAGCAGAGUAGCCGCUUGGGGCCAUGCAUUCUGUGCGGCCUGCGUCCCAGGACCGGUAAUAUCAUUCACGGGAAGACGGGACACCUCGUGGCGUGCUACGCCUGUGCCAAAACGCUGCACAAGCGCAAACUGCCCUGCCCUGUCUGUGUGCAGCCAAUCAGUACUGUCAUUAAAACCUUCGUAGGAUGAGCAUCUUGCUUGGAUAGAUUCCAGGAGGACGUGUAGGACCCAACGUGAAGAUAACCACACUGCUUGCAGUCUCCCGGAGCAGAGCUACCCAGACCCGAAACAUCACCAGUGAUGCUGCCUGUCCCGCUGUGUUCCAUGAGACAUGCAAUGUGUGUCUUGUCUCCGGUUUAAACCAGCAUCUGCAGUUCCUUCCUACGCAAACUCAGAUUCCAGAUCCACCCUGUGGUGGCCAGCCUCCUGCGGAUGUAAUGAAAUACCCAUUCCUUCAGACAAGCUGCCUAUUUGGAUCAUUACCAGGCAGUGUUUUGCCAUGAACUAACUGCCCUGGUUUCUCAACCUAGCUUUUUAAAACAAACACUGCCCAGACACGCACCUUUCCAAGCUCCUGUACGUAAAUACUUAAUUAACCGUGACACUCAACGGGGUAAAUGUGAUCGCAUUACCGAGACCAUCGGUUUGUUUUUGCUGCUUGAGUGGGUGACAUUUAACGUUAAUUUGCCAGUUCAGCCAAACUGCCACACAGGUGAUAUGAAAGUCAAAGUAUUUUGAGGAUUUCACACGAUGGGAUGCUCCCAACGUAACGGAACUCAGUGAGGAAUUGACGGCGUUAUUUAUUUGCACAAUUUUUGGAGCAGUGUCCAGCUCUUUGUGAAUAGUACAGAUAUAAAAAAAGUUUGCCACUUUUUCUUUUGGUUUUUUAAAGUUCGGUUUGUUAAAUAAAGUCGGCUAGGGUGAUACUUGGAUUUCCGUUCAAAGAUACAUAUAUAUAUAUAAUUAUACCUUCGCUGAAGACCCAGAAUAUUUUUCUCUCGCGCUGGCUAGAAGGAUUGUCUUGUCUAGGAUUGUACAUCUGGCUAAGUUAAGUGCCCCCAUCGCAUUCGUUAACUAACCAGUGUCAUCCAGAAUGGAGAAGACGUUGUCGUUAUUGAAUUGUAAAAACACUAAUGUCGUAAUCAGUAUUAAGCUAUCAGUAGCGAGGGAAUUCCAUGUAUAUAAAGCUGCUUAGAAACAAGUGUGUUCAUAAGAGCAGAUUUAGGUUAUAGAAACAUAGAAAAACAGGUGCAGAAGUAGGCCAUUCAGCCCUUCGAGCCAGCACACGAUAUGACCAUGGCUGAUUGUCCAAAAUCAGUACCCCGUUUCUGCUUUCUCCCCAUAUCCCUCGAUUCCAUUAGCCCUAAGAGCUAAAUCUAACUCGCUAGAAAACAUCCAGAGAAUUGGCCUCCACUGCCUUCUGUGGCCGAGAAUUCCACAGAUUCACAACUCUCUGGAUGAAAAGGUUUUUCCUCAUCUCCGUCCUAAAUGGCCGACCACUUAUUCUUAAACUGUGUGACCCAUUUGGCCCAUCAAGUCUACUCUGCCAUUUUAAUCGUGGCUGAUCUAUCUUUCCCUCUCGGUCCCAUUCUCCUGCCUUCUCCCCAUAACCCUUGACAACCUGCACUACCCUCUGACUAAAGAAAUCCCCGCCAUCUCCUUUCUAAAGGUACGCCUUUCCAGUUUCCCUUCUGAGGCUGUGGCCUCUGGUCCAAAGCUCUCCCACUAGUGGAAAUAUUCUCCCCACAUUCACUCUAUCCAGUGUGUGAAGAUACCCGUGCAUUUUAGUGCAAAAUCUUCACCAGUAAAGGGCCCGUCCCACUUACGCAAUUUUUUGUCGGCGACUUGCCGGCACCCGUCAUGAUCGCUUGCAGCAGGUGGCCAGAAAUCUUCAAUGUGUUGAAAAUCCAGCGGUGACCAGAAAUAGGUACGACUCUGGGCGACUACUCGUGACAAUACAGGCGUGUAAGUGGAACGGGACCUUAAGGGGCCUCUUUAUCCUGACAUUGUGAAGCCAGCAAGCACUAUGAUGGCGGAGAUGCCAUCAAAUGCAAUUCUGGUUUGCAAUGAGAAUGAAUAAUCUUAUUAUAUAUUUUGAACACAUCAGAAUUUGAGUUGAUGUCCUAGCAUAAGUGUUGGGAUUGUGCUAACACCAAAGGGAAUAUUGUCCCGUACAUCUUACAACGGAUGUGGAGCCAGUUCACAGUUUUAUCUGUGUUUUGACAUGGUAUUGAAAUAGAGCUUUGCGAAGAAUUAUUUUUGGAGAAUGAUAAAGUCUGCACUGCCGUUGUAUCUGACAGUAGGGCCAGCGCCAACAUCCUUCUCAUUACGCUCCCGGCCAAAACCUGUCACAUUUAAAUGUUCGAUUUACCUGCUAACUGUGCAAAUUCAGUGAAAGAAAAUGUACAGCUCAACGUUAAUAAAAUAUUUGACUAUUUAUUAUC